UCUGACUUUACCAGGCAGGGGGAAAAAAAGUGGGUGUUGUACUGUAGUGUUUGGUCUGGUGCGAUGCAUCUUCAUGACUGUUUUUAAACACACGGGCAGCGGUUCACGGUGUGUACGGACGGACUGCAGCGGAGCGACCAGCAAACAUCCAGCCGUUGGGACGCGCAGGCCAACGGCAGCCGUGCAGCGGGGGGGACAGCUAGCUCCUCCAGCCCCAGCAGCCCCGGAGCCCGAGCAGGGAGAGCCGCGUCGGUGAGCCAUGGGGUUCCGCAAGAAGAACAAGAGCCCGCCGGUGCUCAGCCACGAGUUUGUGAUCCAGAAUCACGCCGACAUGGUGUCGUGUUUGGCCAUGAUUAUCCUCCUCGGCCUGAUGUUCGAGGUCACAGCCAAGUUUGCCAUCAUGUUCAUUACAGUCCAGUAUAACGUAACACAAGUUCUUGAUGAGAAGAGUGAUCCAGUGAACCUUUACCAGUACGGCCCUAAAGAUGUGGCCACUGUGUUUUUCUACCUGCUUAUUGCAGUCAUCCUUCAUGCCUUGAUACAAGAAUAUAUUCUCGACAAAAUGAACAGGAGGUUGCACCUGUCCAAAACCAAACACAGCAAGUUCAACGAGUCUGGACAGCUCGCAGCGUUCUACCUGUUCUCCUUCAUCUGGGGCUGCAGCAUCCUGACAGCGGAGGACUUUGCAACAAAUCCUACUUUCUUAUGGGAGGGGUACCCACACACUCACAUGGUUUUUCAGGUCAAGUUCUUCUACAUUUGCCAAAUUGCCUAUUGGCUCCAUGCACUCCCCGAGCUGUACUUUCAGAAAGUACGCAAGGAGGACAUCCCCCGUCAGCUCUAUUACAUUUGCCUUUAUGUUGUCCACAUCACUGGUGCCUAUGUCUUAAACCUCCACCGUCUGGGCCUGGUGUUGCUGGUCCCUCACUACCUGGUAGAGCUCCUGUUCCACGCUUCACGCCUCUUCUACUUCAGCGAUGAGAACAAGCAGAAGGGUUUUACGCUGUGGGCGCUACUGUUUGUCAUCGCCCGCCUCCUCACCCUCACACUCUCAGUUCUGACGUUUGGCUUCGGGCUGCCCCGUACAGAAAACCAGGGCUUUUCCCUGGCAGAAGGCAAUUUCAAUGUGCUCACCAUAAGGAUGACUUGUCUGGCAGCUAUCUGCCUGACGCAGGCUUGGAUGAUGUGGAAAUUCAUUAACUUCCAGUUGAAAAAGUGGAGGGAACACAGCCAGAACCAGGCCUCGAAGAAGAAGGCGGUCAGCCCAAAGAGCAAGCCUCACAAAAGGGAGCCUGCAAGGGGGGGUGCUGCCAACGGGGUUGUGAAGUCCGAGGAUAAAACAUCACCACGGGCGAGAAAAGCCAAAGCUUCGUAGAGACGGAAGAACUGGGCGGAGAAUAAAAAACUGAGUGAGGGAGUUCUGACAUAAUGUCUUUACACAACUUCAAAAUCUUGUCUACUACUCUCCAAAACACAUGUUUAAGCGCACUAAGAAACCUUACCUUACAACUGUCCUUUUGGGGUUGAAACUCCUUUUUUGAAAAAGUUCAGUGUUACUGUCUGCUAGAAAUGUUGAUUGCUAAUUUGGGUUCUGUGCAGAUGGGACGUUGGCAGGAUGAGUUUGAUGCUUUAACAGGAUAGAUUUCAAAGUGUCCUUGUGUGUAAAACUACGAUCACUCGGCGGGUACUUUUAAACUGCUCUUCAACUAAUUUGAAACAGUCAUGGUAACUUAAAAAGCGAAUUCUGACUUCAGGGCAACUUAAUAUUAAGUGUUGAUGUACAGAUGAACUUUAUGGGGUGUUAUUUUAAGUUUGGGUCUUGUUCAGUUACACUUGCAAAACAGGCCACUGGCUCAAAUCCCCCAAAGAAAGCCUUUCUCUUUCUGCAAGACAGCACUUGGAUAUGUUGCUAUUGUCAGGAAAAAGAUCCAAAAAAUGAAUUUCUCCAGAGGAAUAUUUGUGCUAUUUAGGUCUUUGGUAAAGCCAGAAAACUGAAGCUUGCACCUAACUCCUUGAUCAUUUACUGCCAUUAUUUGACAGCCUCGGCCUUUGAAAUCCAACACAUAAACCGGAUUGAGGCACUUUUUGUAUUAUUGUUUGCUUUUAUCACUCAGCCUGGUAAUCACCCUGUUACCGGGGCUCGUCCAGGUUUGGUGUCUUACCAAGAGGAAGCUGCACUGUAACCUGUGAUGCUGUACUGUAUGCAUACAGUGAAAUCUUAAUAUCAGCAUGAUUGGAAACUUGAGCAAGAGGCUGCGAUUCAGUCUUUUUUAUGGUAAUGUCAAUGCAUGAUGGUUUAAGGCUAGUUAUGGCUAGUUUCCUACUCUGUGCUGUUGAGUUUGCAUCUCUCUCUCACACACACACAAACACACACGCACACACACACAAGCAUUCAGUGGCCUUUUUACAACUGCUGCAAGAGGUUUGAGUUAUUUAUUUUUGCCAUAUACUACAGAUUAUUUUCUAUGCUUUGAUGAGCUAUAACCAGCAAACACAGCGGUACAUAGCAACUGCGUUUAGUUAAUCCAAACAAUACAAUCUUUCUUCAAGUGUCCUUAUGAUGUCAGUGGUUUGUAUCACUCUUUCUGCUUGUGUUUGCCUUCUCCGUUCACUUUGGGUAUCAGGGGACAAGCUACCCACCACUUACACUAUAAGUUACAUCCCAUGGUGCAAUGGGAGGUGUGUUUGUAUGCCUGUGCACUUACUCGUGCGUGUUGUUUUUGCCUACUGUGUAUGUGGGUUAACUGGGCGUGAAUGAUGGUGAUGAUGGUGAUGACAACGAUGUUUAUUGCUUGUCUCGUAAAAUAAUUAUUGCCUGUGUGCAGAGCAUGAAAUGUGACAAUCUGUUCAUUGACUCCUGCCCCGUUUGUUGGAUUUCACGAUCUUAUCCUUUACUUACCUUCUCAGCUCCCAACACGCUUCUGUGUGUGUGAGUGUGGAUCAGUGUGUGUUCUAUAGGUAACUAAAUGCUUAUGUGUUCACUGUCUCCGCCCCUCAGACGCCCCAUUUUUUUCCCAGUGUGAGAGAGAUUCUGUGAUUUCGCCAAGUGUGGCAUGUUUUGUCCUCCCUGCUUCACCUUUUCAAUGAUCCUGACAUUGCUAUGGAGCGCAUGUAUUGUACUGUUGGCCGCACACACUCCUUGCCUGGACGCGGAGUCUUGCUCUAAACCACUGUGCAUGUGAAGCUCCGUGCAGAAAAGACUGUGCUACCUGUCUGCAGACAGUUGGAGCUCGGAGUCUUUAGUCCAGAGCAGGGAUGAGCUGAAGAUGCCAUUCAUUUUUGCUCCCUUUAGCGCUCCUUAUUGGGACUUUGGCGGUCUUUAAAGCCCAUCGUCUGUGUAUGGCAGUGUCAUAGGAGGGAAGGAGGAGCAGAGGACUUAUGUACCAGCCUGUUAUUAAACUGUCUCAGAUGUAAAAGAGAAAAAAAACUGACUUAACCCUACACUGUACUAAAAUAUGUGUCAGAUUUUUAAGCUAUUUUUAUAGAGGGGGAAACUGUUGAAAUUCACUGUUGUUCAGUGCACACGUGUGAAUAUUUGUUUUGCAUCCAUAUUAAUAUGUUUUUUAUAUAAGAAUGAAGCUUGCCGAACUGUUAGCGUGGAUAUACGUUGUGGUAUGAGUGUUAACAUUUAUUUAGCCCGAUGGUUUUAUUUAACUUCAUGGCCUUAUUAGAGCAAAGUGAACUCAGUUGUGUAACACUAGGCUGCAGGUGUACACUGCAGCUCUCACAUGUUUCAUGACAGUGAAGUGACUCUACUCAUCCACACACAAGUUUAAAUAUAUAAACAGGGGAGCAAAUGGUCAGUAUGGCGUUUUAUUUCUUCCAGUCCUGCAGGUGUUUUUCAGUACCUGUGAUUGCAGGCGCAGAUGUAAAAUUCUGCAGAUUGAAGCCAUCUGUGAGCGUUUCUUGCUCAUCAGAUGUCAACAAUCAGUUUUAGGCUCUGAAACAUGAGCUGCUCUGCAGUUCACAGCCCCUCUCGCUUUGAGACACAAUAGCCUGUAUAAUCCCACAGGAAUGCACUUUUCUUUUUGCAUAAUAUGCAUUAUGUCAGAGCACCAUAACACUGCUCACUUGGGCUGUUUCUGCAUUGAUUCUUAAUGAGUUACAAAUUCAAGUUGCUCAAGUUCAAACUGUGUGCAUUUUAUAAAAACUAAAAAAAAAAAGACUGCAAUGAUUCAACUGUAUGAGCAACCUCUAGGUGGCAACAAUCAUUAAUGCAUUUGAGACGACUUAAAAAAAAAGGAGACCUGCCCAGCAAAGACACAGUGUAUUCUAUUAAUUCAUCUUGCAUUGUUCUUGAUUUGUCUUUAUUUUGCUGCUUGUUUAUAGAUGUUGCAAUAUAUUUCCUUUUAGAUUAUGUCGUCUCUGAACUGCUCUGAUGGUAUAUAUUUAUGCAAAUUCUUGUGAUCAUUUCUCCUCGUCACUAUUUUUUUAUUUCAUGUUUGAAUAAAGCUUUUAUUCAUUACACGCACA